UUAGACACUGAUGCUCAGGCAAAGGGAUUCAACGAGAUCGCACAGGAAUACAAAGCGUGGUAAACAUCGCGCCUUGGUUUUAUAUUUUUGGAACUAUAAAGUGUUUUAGGCUGGUGAAGACACCACGGCGACAGUGAAAAUGAGUACCGAAGUGGACAUGAAGGACGUGGAGCUGAACGAAGUGGAGCAGGAGAAACAGCCGAUGACCGCGGGAGACGCAGGUAACGGAGAUGCCAGCUCUCCGACCAGCACGGAAAAAAACGGCGUUGUAAAGGUGAAGAUGGCCGAUGAAACGGAGACCAAGUUCACCGGGCUGUCAAAAGACGAGCUCCUGAAAGUGGCGGGAACCCCUGGAUGGGUGCGCACUCGCUGGGCCUUGCUCAUCCUCUUCUGGCUGGGUUGGCUCGGGAUGCUGGCUGGGGCCAUCGGGAUCAUCAUCCAGGCUCCUCGCUGCAAGCCGCUCCCGGAAAUGAACUGGUGGAACGAAGGGCCUCUGUACGAGAUUGGAGAUGUGCAGGCCUUCUCCGAGAACCUUGAAGGGCUGAAGCAGAAGAUUGACGCGCUCGCUCAGCUGAAGGUGAAGGGCCUGGUGGUCGGCCCCAUCCACAAGGACCCCUCAAACAACGAGAACGAGCUGGACCUCAACACUGUGUCUGUGGCCGGGUCCCUGACCCAGUUCAAAGCGCUGCUCGACGCCGCACACAAGAAGGGCAUCAACGUGGUUCUGGACUUGACUCCCAAUUACCUGGGGCAGCAGGCCUGGUUUGACAAUAUGAUGACCGUCGCUGACAAAGUGAAGGUGGCCCUGGUGCACUGGCAGAUGCAGGGGGUGGACGGCUUCAAGUUCUCCGGGUUUGAGCGCGUCGUCGAGGUUGCGUCUCCUGUCUGGGAGGAGCUGCGUGGCAUCAUUAAAGCCCCCCAGAACGGCACCAAAGAGAAGGGGUUACUUAUGGGGGUGACUGACAAGACCUCCCCUGAACAGGUGGGCCGCCUGCUCAACAGCUCUGGCGUGGACCUUCUUCUGUCGGGCAUCCUCCGCGCCAGCGAGCAGAGCGGCAUGCAGGUGGCGAGUGCUGCUCAGCAGCUCCUCGGCUUGCAGAACCAGACCAAGCUGGCGUGGAACGUGGGCGAUCGCGAGCAGGGCCACCUGGCGUCGCUGGUGGGUGCCGACCUGGUGAAGUUCAACCAGAUGCUGCUUCUCACGAUGCCCGGCACGCCCGUGUUCAACUACGGGGACGAGAUCGGUCUGGAGGACGAGGGUGCCACCAAGUUCCCUCCGAUGAUCUGGUACAAACCUGAAGAUGCUGAAACUUUGAACGGAACUGCAAAGGACGAGAUGGAGCGGCGGCUCGCCCUGCGCAGCUUCUUCAAGUCUCUGAGCGACCUGCGCUCGAAGGAGCGUUCGCUGCUGUACGGCGACUUCGUGCCCCUGCACAGCUCCAACUCCUCGCUGGCAUACCUGCGCAGCUGGGACCAGAGCCCGCGCUACCUGGCCGCCUUCAACUGGGGGUCCGACGCGGUCACCCUGAGGCUGGAGGACGCCCAGCUGCCUGAGCAAGCCACCGUGGAGGUCAGCACAGACCCAGAGAAGCUGCAGCCCAAGAGCCAGGUGGACCUGAAGGCCCUGGAGUUGGGGGCUGGCCAGGCAGUUCUGCUGCAGUUCCCCUACACGGGCUAGAGUUUUAACUGCUGCAGAACCAUUUUUAGAGCCAGUGCAUCUCUGCAUCUCUGUUUAGUCAUUUUUUUUUUUUUUUUUUUUUUUUUUAUAUAUUUAAAUCCCAUGCAGUCCUUUUUAUUGUGUUUUUAUUUGUUGUGGGCAUUCUGUUACGAUUGGUUUUUAUGUUACUUUUUUAAAAAUGAAAAAGAUGCUCAAUGCACUGAACACGUACGCUGGUUUUUUUUUUUUUCCUUCAGUGGUCACAUCACGCUCAAAGGAAAAUGUAACAUGUAAACAUGCAGACUACUUCCAAAGCCCUAGUUUCAACGUUGGUACCUCAAAUGUGGUAUGCAUCCAGAUCUCAAACUAUUCAACCUACUGUUGCUCAUAGUACAUUCCAUACAUUUACUGCACGUGAGGAUCUUCAUGUGAUUGGACCACUGAUAUGUCAGAACAUUUGAUGCAAAAGGAUGUGUGUUUUAUGCCCCACCCCUUCCCCCACAUACACACCUUGUAUGCAGUGGAAAGGUGAUGCUAGUGAUGUAGGAUGUCUGUGAUGUAAUGCAAUCCUGUUGUCCUCUCCUUUAAAACACACACAGAGCAUGAAAUGUCAAGGAGAAAAUAAACUAACUUAAGCAACUCUCAAA